GGUAGCCAAAGAAAAAUAAGGAAAAACCAAUUCAUUUAACGCCUCUCAAUCUCUCUCUUUGCUUUUUCCCCCCUCAAACAUUUCUUCGCCACACCUCUCCUUUACAGAGACAUCCGAAGAGUGAAGACAUGGCUAGCUGCUCCAGCAUGGCAUCGGCUGCUUCAGUGUUCUUGCGAACACCCAAUGUUCCAAGCUCGGCAGCUUCCAAGACCACCAACAUGGUCUUUUACCCUUCAAGAAACAACAAAAACACAAGGCUUGUUGUGAGGGCGGCUGGGGCGGAGGCUUCACCGCCGUCUCCAGCCCCAGCAACCACCACUGCACCACCCGAAGGUGGCGAAGCCCCGAAGCCUAAGCCACCUCCAAUUGGACCAAAAAGAGGCACCAAGGUGAAGAUUCUAAGGAAGGAGUCGUACUGGUACAACAGCUACGGUUCAGUUGUUACAGUUGACCAGGAUCCCAAGACUCGGUACCCAGUUGUGGUUCGAUUCAACAAAGUGAAUUACGCCAAUGUAUCUACCAAUAACUACGCACUGGAUGAGAUUGCAGAAGUUAAAUGAGUCACUGUUGCAUUUUGUAAUAUCUUUAGUUUUCAAUGUUCAUAUAUAUAUAUAUAUAUAUAUAUAUAUAUAUAUAUAUAUAUAUAUAUAUUAUU